AUGAACCCAUCUGAAAUCACAGAAGCUCUGUUAGAAAAAUGGACCACCCUCCUCACCCAACCCAAACCAGACCCCCUGGCCCAAGCCCAACAACUCUCCUACAUCCGCUACACCGCGCCAACGUCGUUCCCCAGCACGCCCGCGGCGCCCGCCCGCACAAUCCUCACCUCCGAAAGCCGCGGGCUCAUCCUCGCCGGCGGGACCACAGGCUUCCGCACCUGGGAGGCAGCGCUGCAUCUGGGCACGUAUCUGAGCACGGAGGCCGGGCGCGCGCUCGUCGCCGGGAAGCGGGUGAUCGAGCUCGGGGCGGGGACGGGCUUCCUGUCAUUGUUUAUGGCCAAGUAUCUGUCGCCGGUGCGGGUGGUCGCGACGGAUCGGGAGACCGCGCUGAUUGAGUGUAUGGAGGAUUGUGCGCGGCGGAAUGGGGUUGCCGUGGCGGAGUCUGAUUCUGGGACCGCGCCGGCAGGUGAUGGUGGGGUGUUUGAGGCGGGGAUUUGGGAGUGGGGGACGCCGUUGGGCCGGCGUGAUGAGGAUGAACCUGAGGAUGUCUUUGACGUUGCGCUCGGGGCGGACUUGGUAUGCGUUCCACUGGUCAAUGGGUCUGGAUCUGCGCUAACUUGGUAG